AUGCAUAUCAAAUGUUUAUUUUCAUUUCUUUAUAGUAUGGAAGUUUCAAUUGUUGCUUUGCAAUUCAGUCCAUAUCCUAAAUUAGACAAAAUUCCUACUGUUUAUCGUUAUCUUGUUUAUCUUAUAAGUUGGGGACUGGUAACUAUAUUCACUCUUGUCAGUUAUGGAAUUCUUCGAUUUAUUAGACGUAAUGAUAAUGAUAUUGGUGAACAUAUUAUUGAGUGA